AUGUGCAGCGGCGGUCCGCUUCCAGGGUCACACUGCAGCGUCAUAGCCAUCCUCUACCCAGGAGAUCUGCUGAAGGCUGAGGGACAGAAAGUGCCAGACACAGUGUCGGACGAGAAGGUCGGCACCGGCAUGCUUGCCGCGAUGUCGUUCGGGUGGGUGGCCAAGCAGGUUGACCUGCUGACGGGCGAGAAGGGUCGUGGUGCGGUGAGACUCGAGAACAUCAAGACAAAGGGGCUAAAGUCGUUGCGAGACAGCAUGGUGGAGUACAUCUGCAAGCGCAUUGCCGAAAAACGCUGUGCGGCGCCGACAUCACAGCCCGUGGACAGUGUGAUUGAUGACGACGGCGCGGAAAGACAGACGGCGCCCCAAGCAGCAGUUGCCGCCCAGCAUCAGGGGAACGCGAAGGUGUCCGCGGAAGGAGGAAACGGUGGUGGAGGAGGCAACGCUGCGACAGGUGGAGGAAGGAAGGAAGAGGAGGAGUCGGAGGAGGAUUCGGAGUCGGAGUCGGAGUCUGAGGAGGAGGCGGAGAAGCGGAAGGACGAGGACGAGGACGAGGAGGAGGAGGAGGAGGAGGAGGAGGAGGAGGAGAAGGACGAGAAGGAUGACGGCGAUGAGGAGGAGGAAGGGAAGGAUGAGGAGGGGGAAGGGAAGGAUGGGGAGGGGGAAGGGAAGGAUGAGGAGGGGGAAGGGAAGGAUGGGGAGGGGGAAGGGAAGGAUGAGGAGGGGGAAGGGAAGGAUGGGAAGGGGGACGGGAAGGAUGAGGAGGGGGUGGAGGAAGUGGUGGAGUACGAGGUGGAGUUCGAAGAGGAGGAAGCUGCAGUAGAGGCGGUGGGGUCGGUGAAUGAAAAGAACGAGGAAGCGGAGGAUGGCGAUGCGGGUAAUGAUACGAGGUCGGCAGAUGGGGGGAAGGAGAAGGAUGAGGUCGGCGUGGAGGCAAUGACGGAAAAGGGCCAGGAGGAGGCGGCAUGCGAAGGUGGGAAGGUGUCGGUCGACGCCGGCGAAGCGGCGAACACCACGGGCGUGCAGGAGACGGGGGACUCUUCUGAUCGGCCGGGUAAUGAGCUGGACGACGUCGAGCAGGUGCGAAAGGGAGAACUGGCGGAGAACGCUCGGCUGGCGACGUUGCUCGAUGCGGAGCAGACUCGGCUGGACAAGUUUUUUGUUGGGAUACGUGGACUCGUCGACCACGUGAAGGAGUUGGCCGAGCAGGUCGACGACACCGAGAAGUAUGCGGCGGAACAGCUGCGAAACGCGACGGCGGCCAUGUCGAAGACAAUCACGCGCAACAUCACCGGCAGCUUCAACGAAGUGUGGAAGACGAUGAAGACCUUCGCGGAACAGGCGACGGCGUGGUUGGAGGACUUCGACAACCCGCAGGGUUGUGUGGCAGUUGCACGCGCGGUAGCGGUCGACGCGUUGGCCAAGCAUGUGACUGGGGUGGUGGGCGAAGCGCAGCGGGGUUUGGAGCUGUACAUCACGACGCAACUAUCCGCCGCGCAGGUCAACAUCGCCACCGCUGUGACCACCAGGCUCCCCGUGCAGCCGCCGCCACCGCCUCCGCCCACGCCGCCCGCCCUCCAGGAAGAGCUCUUGAAGUCGUUCAAGGCCGACAUUAUGAAGGCGGUGACGGAGGCCACCCAGCAGUCUUUCGUCGCUUCCGGGAUGAAGAUGAUGGCCAAGAUGGUCGGCACUGUGGCGCCUGGUCGACGUGGGUCAUCGCCGUCGGCCAAUGACGCCGAUCACGCGCAACGGAAGACGGCCGACAAGCAGGGCCUGAAGAGGACGGGCGACGGAGACGACAAGGAGAGCGCGAAGGGCGACGCGAAGCGGAGCAAGGGAUCGGACGGGAGCCACGGCUCGAAGCCCGCGCCACAGAGCGUGAUCGACCAGUUGAAGACGAAGGCGGGGUGGAGGGUGAUAAGGACGUCGAACACCAAGGGUGGCGGAAGCGGGACGGCAGAGGGUGGCCCUGCCAACGAGGCUGCCGCUAACGUCACCGCUCAGCCAGGCUCGCCUUUGGUCGCCGAGAAGACCCAUCCUCAGGCGAGCGGUGGGAAAGUCGUGACCGACAAGGAGGUCCCAACUACUCAGGCGGCGGAAGAUGGCGGCGCCGGAACCACCAAGGGACCGUCCGUCGCUGUGGCGGCCAAGGGCAAGACGAAGGCUGCUUCUGCUACGGUCGUCGGCACCACCAAGUGCCCUCCCCGUAACCCCCCAGCGGCUACCAGCGCGCCUGCCGGCCAGUCAGGUGCGACCAAAGAUGGGGAGGCCCGUGCAGCCCCUCCAGCUCCAGGAGCCCCGGCUGCCGUCAAGGGCGGCGCGAAGGCUGCUUCGGCUAAGGGCGCUGCUCCGGCAUCAGCUAAGGGGCCCCCCGGUGCUGACACGCUCAGGGAGAUGCUCCGCCACAUGGAGGCACAUAGCAGGGACGUGCAGCAGCAUCCCGUGGUCGACGCCGACCUUGCCGGAACAGCACGUCGCUCCGUCACUCCGCAGGUUGCCGGCACAUCGUCCGGGGCCCCACUUGCAGCGCAUCCGGUCGCCGCCCCAACGCCUGCGGACAGCGUUUCUGCGUGCCCAUUUAGUCGGAUGCAAAGCGGCUGCUCCACCGGUGCAGCUGUGGUUGAUGCGGCGGCGGAGAGGGGAGUGAGUGCAGUGCUAGCCACCGGUGGCCGCGCCAACAAGCAUGCCGCACUCGCUGCCUUCCUGGCCCAUUUAGAUGCAGCAGAACGCCCUGGGCACGCCCCUGCUCUGGCCAUCAUGGACACGGCGCAUGUGGGGCUGUCGGCGACCCACGGUGGGGGAUCGGCGGAGCCGACGGCUGCAACGGGUGCUGUCGCCGAGAGCAAUGCGGGAGGGAAGGGGAAGGUCAACACCGGGAAAGGGAGCGCGGUCUCUCAGAGGAGCACGCAGGCGGUGUCGGCGGGGAAGGAGAUGUCGGAAGAGAAAGGGAAGAAGGCGGAGGGGAGUCAGGACAAGAAGGGCGGCAAGAGUAAGCCGGCGAAGAAGAAGGAGAAGGCGGAGGGGGAUGACGAGGAGGGCGGCGAGGGAGAUAAAGAACGCAGGGGGCAUGGCAUCCGCCAAGACAGGUCCGGCGACGGGCAUGGGUGGGUGGGCGAGAUUAAGGUAAACGGACGGAAUCGAUACAUCGGCAAGUCGAGGGAGAAGAUGGAGCUGGCCUACGAGCACGCGAUUGCGUACGUCGUCUACGACGACUACGUGAGCAAGGUGCUCAUGAAGGAGCUCACCGUCUUGAAGCCGGGGGAGUUGGAGAAAUGGAAGGAGGUGUGGGAGGAGGUCAAGCUCUUACCGACUGGGUUGUGGACGGUGAUGUGGGCCGGAGGCUUGUGCCAUCCGAGAGCAAGGAUCGACGACAUACUCGGCAGGUACCGUGGGUACGCGAGGUCAGGUGAUGCGCUUCAUGGGGUGCUCUGGCCGGCAAUCUGGUUCCCCAUCAUCGAAAACACGGAGGAAGGCAAGGAGGAGACGGAGGCUCUCAUGUCGGCGAUGACGGGAGCAUCGUUGCUCGGUGCUGUGGGCGAAGGGAAGGCGCCGGCGAUGGUGGCAGGUGCGGAGGAUGAGAGGGCCGAGGCAUUCAAGAAGGUGAUGCACACGGUGAUCGACUUAGCACACAAUCGGGAGGCUCCCGCGGGGGAGGCUGCCCAUAACGUCGCGCCAUCGCUGCAGCGCCACGCAGUGGUCAGGGCCUUCGAGGAGGGAGUUGAGGAAGUUGAGGCCGACAUGAUCGCUAGAGCAACGGUCGAGACCUUGGCGUUCUGGGGAAUGUGCCCCGUCGCCGGGCCCAAGCUAAAAGAGCAGGGCAUCGAUGUGACGUGUGACGCGAAGAUGGAGUACGAUAUGGAUCAUAGGGGGAGGAAGGGGGAGAAGGUCAAGCAGGGCAAGGGCAGCAAGAGGAAGAAGGGCACGGAGGGCAAGGGCAGUACGGAUGCGUAG